UCCAACAUGGCCGACACCGCUCGGUCAUUGGUCGAAUUUUUUGAGGCCGCGCCCAUUUUUCCUGCCUGUCAAGCGACGUCAGGAAUGCACAAAAACUGCCACGUCAAAGUGACGUUUACGCACACAUUAUGCUAAAUUAUGCCGAACAAACCCGGCAAAUUCGUGGAAUAGCCGGUGAGUGCCCCGGUCCGUUUGGAAUAGAAAAAAAUGGCGGCCUUCGUGGUUUGUUUGGCGGCGGCGGCGGCGGCUCGUCUGUGCGGGCGCGGGAGGAGAGAGCCCGAGGAUGCGUUUGACAUGCCAGACGAUCAGUUUCGGCGGCACUUUCGCCUGAAGAAAGAAACUGUGCGGUGGCUGUGCGACGAAGUGGCGGAGGAACUCGGAGGCGUGAGAACUUCAGCGCUGUCGGUGGAGCGGCAAGUGUUGUGCGCGUUGCGAUUCUUCGCAACGGGCAGCUUUCAGGCCUCGGUAGGGAGCGAGGAGACGAUCGGCGUGACCCAGCCUGCGGUCAGCAAGUGUGUGCGACGCGUGGCGGAGGCAAUCGUCCACGCCGGGGCCCGCAACAAGUGGGUCCAUUUCCCGAGGACGUCGGAGGAGAAGGCGGCCGUGAAGGAAGGGUUCCUUCGACGCGGCUCCAUUCCCGGCGUCAUCGGAUGCGCGGACGGCAGCCUGAUAGCCAUCAUCGCACCGAAGGGCGAGCAGAAGGCGGCAUUCAUGUGCCGCAAAGGGUACUACGCCCUCAACACAAUGUUCAUCUGCGACGCAGGCAUGCGGAUCCUCGCCAUCGACCCUCUGCGACCGGGGUCAGACCACGACGCCCACGUCUGGAGAACUACGUGGUUGCGUCGUCGGUUCCUGGAGGGGCAUAUUGCCAAGGCCGGCGAACACCUCCUCGGUGACAGCGGCUACCCCCUGGAACCAUGGCUCCUGACCCCAGUCACAGGCCACCCUCCCGUACACACUGCAGAAGGCAGGUACAACACUGCACAUGCUGCCAUGCGGUCCGUAGUGGAGCGGUGCAUUGGGCUUUUGAAGAGCCGCUUUCGCUGCCUUCAGCGGUACCGCGCCCUCCACUACCAACCAGAGCGCGCUGCCAACAUCGUUGCAGCAUGUGCAGUGUUGCACAACUUGUGUCUUGAUGAAGGUGACGUGUUGUCGGAUGAUGUUAGUGAUGACAGCAGCAACAGCAGCAGUGACGAUGAAAGUGGCAACCCCUCCCCACAGAGAGUUCCCCAAGUGAGGGCAGCACGCAUGAUGUACAUGAGAGGCUGUGCUGCCCGGGAUAAUGUUAUUAGCUCAUUUGGCACGACACGGCAGCAGCACCAGCGAUACCUGCAAAGGGUGCGAAGGCGGCUGCGACGACAGCAGCACCGACAGCAGCAAUAAACAUGUGCCUGACACUGCAGGCAGAUGUUUAUUACCGCUGUCUACACAUCUAAUAGAGAGCAGGAACCAAUGUGAAGAAAUAUGUGCAAUUAGUGGAUAGCGUGCUGCUUUUUUUAUAGAAUGUGCUCAAUCAUAACCAGCGUUUUCACGUGUCCUCUGCCAGUGAGCUGUCACUACCGGAGAUGAUUGCAUCAUUCCACUGUGACACUACAUGAGAGCCUUUCAUUUAGUACCUGUGGAUAGAACACUUUGUGUUCAUCAGCAGAAUGUUGUAGCUACUUCUCUGGGCAGCUGGGGUUCGCCAAAUGAUUUGCUGCUGCUGCUGUUGCUUCUGUCAUCACCGACACUGUCACCGCCAUCUGCACUGCGCAUGGGAGGAUGUUGGUCUUCGCCUCCUCGCUUCCUAUUUGGGCUGCUGCCAAGCACAACACUUCUCGCUCCACCAUGUGUACUGUGCUCACGCACCUUGUAGGCCCUGCGCUGUUUUGCCACACAGCCACCGCACAGUUCCUUGACAUAAGGCCAAGUUAUGCCGAAAAUGAUCGCCUGGCAUGUCAAGCGCGUUAUUCUCCCUUGGGAGAGUGUACAUAUGUAAAUAGUUCUGAAAUUGAAGGAACACAAAUUGUAAAUAUUCAUUUCAAGUGCAACUUGCAUUGUUUAAAAUCGUUUAUUUAUAUCUGCAUUGUAAAUAAAACCAUGUGAUCGAUCUUCAA